ACGUUCACCCGCCGCCUGCGAUCGCAACCCGAGGCACGCCGCUCCUUCUCAAGCCAGGACACCGGCGUCUCACACCGAUCGCUCCCCCGGAGGUGCGUCCCUCCACACGCUCGCCCUGCCAGCAGCUCCGUGCCACACCGUGCCGCUCCGUUCCGCGCCGGGCCGGUCCGCUCGCCCCCACCCCCCCUGGAGAGCAGUUUAUUCCCUGGAAGCUGGAUGAAUAAUUGGAGAGUUGUGAACAAGUGCGAGAAGAAAGCUGAGGCUCGGGAUCUGCCUCCUCGCUCCGUCCAGGGAAGACAAGACUCAGCCAGGAGUUGUGGACGAUAAUGGAGGGGACGUCCCUGUAUCUUCCUAUUGUUAUUUUACUGAUGCAAUGUUCCCCCUCCGUUCCUGUUACCGUGUCGACCAACAAACACAAGGUGGAGGUGCGCGAGUUCUCAGAUGCGGUGCUGUCCUGCACGUUCCACACUGAGAGAGAACAGGACCCGCGGAUCGAGUGGAAGAAGAAGGGGAAAGAUGUUUCCUUCGUGUACUAUGGUGGACACUUCAGAGGUCCCUUUGAGGGCCGGGCCACCAUCAAUGGAGCCACGGUGACGCUGCAAAGGGUGACCCAGGAGGAUGCUGGGGAGUACCGUUGCGAGAUCAGCGCUCCUUCUGACUCCAUCAGCCUGGGCGAGACCAACGUCACGCUCAAAGUCCUGGUUCCCCCACACACCCCAUCCUGCGAAAUCCCCAGCGGGGCAGUGACAGGCUCAACGGUGCAGCUGCGCUGUAGGGACCAGCAGAGCAUCCCGCCCGCUACAUACUCCUGGUUCAAGGACAACCAGCUGAUCAACCCGCCUCGACUCCCAAACGCCACCUAUCUAAUCAACUCACACACAGGAAUACUGGAGUUUAAAGCUGUAGCCAAAGAGGACACCGGCAGUUACAGCUGCCGGGCAUCGAAUGGAGUGGGGCCACCAAUGAUGUGCGAGGGCAAGCACAUGACGAUAGAGGACGUCAACGUCGCAGCCGUGGUGGCAGGAGUGUUGGUGGUCUGCCUGGUCAUCGCGGUCUGCGGAUGCGGGGGGUUCCUCUUACAUCGCAACGGCUUCUUCAGUCCAGGACACAGAGGAAGGUCAUUUUGGAUCUCCCAGUGUCAUGGUGCAGCCCACAUCAGCAGCCAAACCCUGCACAGAACUGAGGACACGUCCAAUGUCAACUACAUCCCCCCGCCCCAAGAACCCCAGGACUUUAAACACACCCAGUCAUUCAUGCUCUGAGAAGCUGGCCUUCCUUUGAGAAUACAUCACCCUCGUGAUAAGGUGCCAACACUGGAUGAUUUUCUUUUCUUUUUUUGGACUCUUGAGUGAGCUGUUAAUCUUCCAAUACAUGCUAAUUUCAAUCUUCUUCCUCUGCCACUCCUCGUGGAUGGGUUAUGACAAGCAAUUUUUUGCAAGGCUUCUUCUUACUCUCUUGCUUUGCUGUGUGGGUCUGUCGUUCUCCUGCUCUUAAGGGAUUAAGUUCAGUUUCAUGGCACUCUGCUCCCCCCUGGUGGUCAGAUGUUGAUAUUCCAAUUGAUCUUCUCUGAAUGAUCCAGGGGCUAGCUGAGCUUUCUACAGACUUUGCAGGCCAAUCCUUUUUAACUACCUUUUGUUUUCUUUUACCAAAGACUGUGUGGUAAAUAUAAAGGUUUUAAUCAUCACACAGAGUUCUCUUUAAAGCCAUAUGGAAAGCUUUGUUUUCAAUCUACACAAACAUAAAUGCAGUUUACCUCAGCAUCUGCCACAUGCCAGUGCUUUGUCUUCUGUAACACUGGAGCCCCAGAAGAUCCCCACGAUCUUAGUAACAACAUGGUACCAGACCAAGAGAACAGGAAGCCACUGCAGCCAAUUCUACUGAGACCAACCCCAUUCCAUCCUAAUGUGCCUGCAUGGUCUUUAUAUAUAUAAAUAUACCUUGUGCCUUUUUAAUUUGUCUGUCAUAUUUAUCUAUGGAUCACAGUUUUUUGUAAAGAACUUGCCUUACUUUUUUCUGUCUUUAUAUUUUUGUGCCACUGUUUGUCGAUGUUUAUCAAAACGGAGUGUCUGUUUUUAGACAGUGUGUGAAUGGAUUGUUCAGAGUUUUAUUUGAAUGGUGUACCAGUAAUAAAAAGGUUUUCUAUUCAAAA